GCCACUAGUUCUCUUCAUCUCCUUUUAAUUGAAAUUUUGGGGUUAACAAUUUUUAUAAUCUACUGCAUGUACGAUUCCCAUUGCUUCUCAAUCAGCUUGUCUGGAGCCAAUGAUGAUGACCGAGCCGUUAGCCUCUUGCAUGCCUGACGGGAUGGUUUGUGAAAGGCAACAUUUUCGCACCAUGCUGCAGAUAUUCUCCCUGAAGCUAGCUUACACUUCUUCACAUGUUACUGGCCCAGUCCAGUUGUACGGAUACGUGGCUGUCAGGGAUCUUUUGAACCCUAUGCAUAACUACAUCUUCAACCGCACAAGGGAUGGUCCUUUCGUCGUGGAGCAUGACGGCCUUAUGCAAAUGACCGGCCCUAAGAGGGGCAUCAGAAUGGGGGCUCCCGUGCUGAUUGAGUUCGACAUGAAGGUCAGGAGAGGAUUCGGAGAAGCAGAAGAUGAUUUACAGCUCAUCGAUUGUGUUGCAUGCUUCAACGACAUAACCUCGAGACAUGCCACGAAGAACAAAAGACGGAUCGAUGGCGAUUGCGGGGCGGUGGACAUAACCUAUGCACUUAUGAGGGGCGCCGCGGAGGCCACCGUGCAGGUUGGGAUAUCAGAGCUGGCACAGGACGGUGGCUUGAUAAGGCUGAACGCAGCAUUGUUUUACACCAAGGAGUUGAGCGCGCAGAUCCAGCUGUUUGACGGAGUUGUCGCCGCCGAGGCGUCUGAGCUGAGCAGGACUGUGCUUGCCGUGGCGAAGGGAGGUCAGUUGCUUGUAUCGUUGAUGCUCGAUCAGACUGGUGGCUCGGGUGAUUGCGCUUUCAGUCGUAGCUGCACCUUCCCUGUUCAAAAGCAUGGAAACCAUGUCUCCGUUUUCAAGCUUGGGCUGGUCACUAUCGAGGUGAAGGUAACCUGGUCGACUUUGGACAUCCCCAUAAGCCUUUUGGGUCCAAAUUGCUUCCCGUGGGAGUUCAUGGCAGCUGAGGACGUUGAGUAUGAAGGUGACUGAAUAGCACUUUCUCUUGGUGGGGUGUCCUCGCUCCUAACUAAUUAAGUAUUAUAGGAUGUUUGUUAUCUGGAUGUCGAUGUCAUUUCUGAAUGCCUAUGUGUAUGUGAAAUAGCCGCGUUUUGUAGGUUGCUGGUACCUCUGCUCAAGUUUGUUUGUGUUUGAUUUUCCGAUGCGCAUGUUUGGAUGCCCCCUGUGGUUUCUUUAGACUGAUUCUCAUCACAAGAAAGUAUUGUCAUAAUACUUGGGACUUUCAGACUGGGUAGUAGCAAAUAUAAUUCCCCUGUAAGCGCAUUCAUAAGACACAUGACAUCUGGAUUAUUAUUUUUUAUGCAUUUCGACACUCUGUCCUGAUGCAAUUCUUUGCCUUCACACUUGUUAAUGUUGGCUUGCCACUAGCUGUGGCAGCCAGAUUUACGGUUGUGCGAGUUCUUGUGGGCAUCACUGGACACUUUGACAGCCCUUCUCUUGCUGGUGCCUGGUGGUCAGGAACAACAAAAAUCUGAGUAAAUUGUACAGAACGACAACCAUUGUGCCACUAUUUUACAGAACCAUGACUUGUGUGGAUGCUAAUUUGCACAAAACAGCGACUUUUGUGCUGAAGUCAAGUCACUAAUUGUGCGGGGGUUUUUUUUUUUGACGCGUCAACGGUGGGCUUACGCCUACCUGAACUUUUAUUACCAAUUGAGGAGCGGUUACAUGAGGACAGAGUUACAUAUGGGGGGAGGAGAGACGAAAUUACAAGCAAAGAAAAAAUAGGAAGAGAGGGUAAAGCCCUCCCUCCUGAGGAUCAAGUUUACAAAGACACAAACAAAGACGAAUACAGAAAAAGGAACAGCAAAACUUCAAAAUCUCCAUCCCUUGGUAAUUACUCCCUUCGUAAACUAAUAUAAGAGCGUUUAGAUCACUAAUUUAGUAAUCUAAAGGCUCUUAUAUUAGUUUACGGAGGGAGUAAAAGCUAAUAUACCAACAACCCAGUUUCAAACAAA